GAAAGUGCACAAAAAAAUUAGGACGAUGAAUCUUAGCCAAUUGGAUUGUGAAAGUGCAUAAAAUAAACGCAAUUGAUGAGAAUAUGAGCCAUCUCCCUUUUGUUGAUUAAAAAGUCAAUACAAGAGAGCAGAAGCCACCUGCAGAACCCAGCUUCAAACACCUGUUAAGCUUAUUCGGCCAUCUUUGAUUGUGUUAAUAAAGGAAGGAGGCAAUGGGAUCAAUGUUCAGUUCACCUCAGUUUAGCAAAGAACAAAUGGAGGCCGCUCUUACCAAAGCCAAGCAGAUCGUUUCCUCUAAUCCUGUUGUCGUAUUCAGUAAAACAUACUGCGGAUAUUGCACAAGGGUGAAGAAACUUCUUUCCCAGCUUGGUGCUACUUUUAAAGUUAUUGAACUUGACCGGGAAAGUGAUGGAGAUGAGGUUCAAGCAGCAUUACUAGAAUGGACUAAGCAGAGGACUGUGCCUAACGUGUUUAUUGGGGGAGAACAUGUUGGUGGCUGCGACAGCGUAUUAGAGAAGCAUCAACAGGGAAAGCUACUUCCCAUGCUGAAGGACGCCGCUGCUAUUCCCAACAAUCCUGCCAAAGUCUAGAACUCAUCUAUGCACUCUAGUAGUCAAAUGAAGUUGAGAGUUCUGUAACUUAACUGCCUCCUCUCCUCUAGUUGGGGUUGUUUAAUAAGACGCUGGAUUUCAAGUUCCUUUUUCUGAACAUUUUCUUUUAGUACUAUUUUCUAUUUUUUACUUGCCAUCUGUUCCUUUGGGAAGUAUAUAUUGUAGAUUCGCGUUACAGAUGCAGUUCUGUUUCCGGCAAGAGUAAAUUCGUCACUUCUGUA